AUGUCUACCAAGAGGAAAGCGCUCGCCCUGGUCAAGCCUGUGGUGAAGCCCAGUGCCAAAGUCGCAACCAAGUCCAAGAUCGACGAGACAAGGACGGCCGUCUCGACCGGCCCAGCACUCAAGUCUGCCACCAAGGCCGCCCCCGAAACCAUUGAGAUCUCCAGCGACUCCUCCAGCCAUUACUCCGACUCCGACAAUGAAGACAUGAACAGCGACAACGAGGCCGAGGCUACUGUUGAGAAGACCACCAAGAACACCUCCGAGCCUGCUACUACUCAACAAGACGAAGCCGCUUCUGACGCCGAGAACGACGACGACGACGCCUCUCCCACAUUCGGUGACCUCGCCCGUGGCAACGCCACCAUCGACGUCGCCUCCGCCCUCGCCGCCCAAGAAUCUGCCGCCGCCGAUGCCUCCAAGGCCAAGACUAUCACCGUCCAGCGCGCCAACGGCCAGACCACCAUCUCCGCCACCUCGCUCGGCACCGUGCUCAACCAAGCCCUGCGCACCGACGAUUCGGACCUCCUCGAAUCGUGCCUGCAGACCUCUGACCCCAAGAUCAUCACCAACACCAUCACGCGCAUGGACUCCGCUCUCGCGGGCGUCUUGCUCUCCAAGCUCGCGGCUCGCAUGCACCGCCGUCCUGGUCGUGCUUUCGGUUUGAUGAAGUGGAUCCAGACCACCCUCGUCGCGCACGGCGGGUCGCUUGUUGCGCAGCCCGAGGUCGUGGCCAGGCUGGGCGAGCUUAACCGGGUGCUGGAGGAGCGGGCGCGUGGACUGCCUGCGCUUUUGGCGCUCAAGGGAAAGCUGGAUAUGUUGGAUCAGCAGAUGCGGUGGAGGAAGUUCAUGAAACAGGGCGGUGGCAAGGAAGAGCAGGAGAAUGGCGAGGAGAGUGAAGAGGAGGACGAUGUUGAUGAGCCUGGUGUGGUGUACGUGGAGGGUGAUGAGGACAAUGAGAGCAAGUCCGCUGUUAACGGCGGUGCUGAGGAAGACUUUGCGCUUAUAGAUGUUGGUGCCGAUGGCGAGUCGGACGAGGAGGAGGGUGAUGAUGAUGAUGAGGAUGAGGAAGACGAUGAGGAGUUUGAUGAUGCCGAGAGUCUUGACGAGGACGAGGUUGAUCACGAUGAUGUUGAGGAGAGCGGUGAUGAGGAUGAGGAGGACGAUGAUGAGGAUGAUGAGGAGGAGGCGCCACCAGCCAAGGUGCAGAAGACGUCGUUGAAAUUCGCAAAGAGGAAAAGGUCGAGGAAGAGGACGGUCGUGCCCCCGCCACCCAGUCUCAACAACAAGCGCAAACUCGGCCAGAACAACCUCAACAAGAGCAACCUCACCAAGAUCUGCCUCUACAACAAGAGCAACCUCAAUCACGAGAAGAGGAGCAAUAGUACCAAGCCGAAACCCCUCAGCAGAGACGGUUCCGGGAGUGGGAAGAGGAGGGGGAAAGCUUAA